GCCACUGCCAGGGUACACCAUUACCAUUAUUAGUUACUAGUACUAGUUGUCCACUCUGCUUCUGCCGCCCUUCUCCAAAACAGAUCCAGAUCUCUCUCUCUCUCGUGUGUUUCUGAUGGCAUUGCUUCCCCUUUUCUUCCUUCUUCUCUCCGCCAGCGGUCUCGCUUUGUCCGAUAUCUCACCCUCGCCGGCGCCAGAUUUCCACUCUCCCUUCUCUGCUCCCUCUCCAGGCUCGCGCUCGCCCUCGCCAUCCUCCGCGCCGACGCCGAAUCCUUUCUCCCCUCCUGCGCCACCGAUGCCUGCGCCGACUCCCUCUGUGUCACCAUCACCUGUUCCUUCGCCGGUGAAUGAGUUGAUUCAUGCAAAUGGAGACGAUGGGGAGCAUGCGGAAAGGACGGCAGAUGAAGAAAGAAACGGAAUGGGAAAGGGAAAGGGAGGCGGCUUGAGUGGGGGACAGAAGGUAGGCGUUGCGAUUGGUGUGGUGGCGGUGGUAGCGCUGGUGGGUUUAAGUGCUGUUGUUUACCGCAAGCGGCAGCAAAACAUCCGGAGAGCCAGCUACGGCGGCUAUGGCACCAGGCACGUCGAGAUGAUCUAGCUAGAUCAAGGUCUAAAUAUUACCUUAUUAAUUAAGUAAAUGAAUUUCUUUAUAGUUAACAAAUAUUACAUCUGCCACUCUGCCACUGUGCCACUCUGCCAUUCUGUUAACCUGUUAGGUCAUAGGUGGUGCAUUUGGAUUCAUUCUUUUUUUUUUAAAAAAAAAAAAAAAACUUUUCUAUCAGUUUAAAAUGCAGCGGAUAUAGUUUUUUUUUUCUCGUGCA